AAAGUUUACAGUCGGCACGCUUGAAUGUUGCUGAGUUUUUAAAAAAAUCGUAUUACACUGUAGCAGUGCCUAUGCUGUUCUUUGUACAUUUCAGUUCGUCUUCAUUGUAUUGAAAGCCGCGGUGUGUGUUGUGAGGGACGAUAAAGGGAGCACAGAGUUGAGCUUCGCAUCUGCUGUUGUGGUAGAGUAGUUGGUGUUAAGGUGGAAGUUGAGUGUUGCUCCCACGUUACAUGUGCUCUUUGUUGUUUAGUUUACAUACAGUGUUACGUUACAGAGCUACAGUGAUGUCAGUAUUUUUCUUACUUUAAAAUGCGUCUGCAUGGUAGAAGUGUAAACUAACACGUACUAAUAUUUUAGUGUGGAAGUUGUUCUCGUAAUAUAGGACGGUUUUUUUUUCUUUACAAUUUAGGCGAAACGUGACCAAAUCCCACAUUGUGUCUAGAAAAACAUGCCUAUUAGGCGUUUUGGGGGUCACAGGUCUCUGGUCUCUCACUCUCAAACUCCAAAGUUGUCGUAUGGUUACCCGAAAAUGAAUAUUUCAAGAAGUGGAUACCGUGUUUUUUCUGCCAACUCUACGACUGCCUGUACCGAGCUGGCCAAGAAGAUCACAGAACGCUUGGGUGUGGAGUUGGGAAAGUCGGUGGUUUAUCAAGAGUCAAAUACAGAGACCAGAGUGGAUGUGAAAGAGUCUGUUCGUGGACAAGACAUCUUUAUCAUUCAGACCAUUCCCAGAGAUGUCAACACGGCAGUCAUGGAGCUGCUGGUUAUGGCUUAUGCCUUGAAGACAUCCUGUGCCAAAAACAUCAUUGGAGUCAUCCCCUACUUUCCUUAUAGCAAGCAGUGCAAGAUGAGGAAGAGGGGAUCCGUUGUCUGCAAGCUGCUAGCAUCCAUGUUAGCUAAAGCUGGGCUAACUCACAUCAUUACUAUGGACCUCCACCAGAAGGAAAUCCAGGGCUUCUUCAGCUUCCCUGUUGACAAUCUGAGAGCUUCCCCGUUCCUCAUCCAGUACAUUCAGGAGGAGAUCCCAGACUACAGGAAUGCCAUUAUUGUUGCCAAGUCCCCAUCAGCUGCCAAGAGAGCUCAGUCCUAUGCUGAGAGGCUGCGGCUCGGAUUGGCAGUGAUGCAUGGGGACGCUCAUCAUUCAGAGUCAGACAUGGCUGAUGGUCGACAGUCUCCCCCCUUGUCCCGCACCACCACAGGACACACCGGCCUGGAGCUGCCAUUGAUGAUGGCGAAGGAGAAGCCACCUAUCACUGUUGUUGGAGAUGUAGGAGGCAGAAUUGCCAUCAUUAUUGAUGACAUCAUAGAUGACGUGGAGGACUUUGUUGCAGCAGCAGAAAUCCUGAAGGAGAGGGGAGCCUACAAGAUCUACAUCAUGGCUACACAUGGCCUGCUGUCUGCAGAGGCACCAAGACUAAUAGAGGAAUCUGCUAUUGAUGAGGUGGUGGUGACCAACACUGUUCCCCAUGAGGUACAGAAGCUGCAGUGUCCAAAAAUCAAAACUGUGGAUGUGAGUAUGAUCCUGGCUGAGGCCAUCCGGCGCAUUCACAAUGGAGAGUCCAUGGCUUAUCUAUUCCGCAACAUCGCUUUAGACGACUGAGGCAACAUAUUCCCCGACAAAGCAGUCACACAUGACCAAUCACACACGAAGACCAAGAAUCAACAGUUUACGGUGUGCUCUUUAACUUUAUAUUUCUCAUAGUUUUUUUUUUCUGAUCAACAUGUUCAUAGACAUUUGCUCUUUUUACUGUAUGUUGCAUAUGAAGCUACACAAACUGUGUCAUUCCUCCUAUAUGUUACAUAUUGGGACUGUACAGACAAUACAGAGUUUGUUAUUUUCAUAAUAUAUGCCCCCUACCAUCUGGAGACAUUAAAUAGCACAACAUAAUGUAUCAUGUGUGGACUCUCAGUAUUUGACUUACUGAGUUUGACAAAUAAAGCUAUUUCCCUUGAGAGAGUAA